CCAUGAUUAUUGAAGAUUUGAAUCUCUAUACUUUGGUUACUUUAGCAGCAGCAGAACCGCUGCUUCAUUAUAUAUUAAGAGUAUUCAUUAUAUAUCAUUAUGGACAAUAGCCUGUCGUGAAUAAACGUGUUGCUACCGGGGUGUCCUGUUGGAACUGCAAAAAUGAAGUGUUUGAAAGUGGAUGAGUACAUCAAGCGGACUGCUUCUGUAACAGAGACGAAACUUUUACUUGAGGAACUACAGCAUUAUGUGAAGAAUCAACCAGGCCUUCAGGGUCGCACGCUGUUUGACAGGGUCGUUAGAGCCUGUAACCAUCAGCUUGGAGCUGGAUCCCCUAAUGUUGACCAUGUCAGUCAGCUGGUACAGUUGGUGGAGGUGUCCCUUCAGGGCUAUGAUAUUUCUGCAGCUCUUGUUGGUCAGAGCAGCCUGCUGUACAUGGAAAAGAUCAUUUUCCACAUUGCCAAGAAGCUCAGCUCCUUAGAAGCUCACAGUCUGUGUAGCCAUGUUGCUGGGUUGCUUUACAGCAGGCUUACCCCAGCCCAACAGGGUGAGGACUACUGCAUUCUUGUGCGGAGCUGCUUCUCAGUGCUCUGGAACGGACUAUCUGCCACCAAGGACAAGAAAAUCCUGAACCACCACGACAAAUUUCAUUUUCAGAUGCAAGCUCUGAGCUUCCUACUGUUGUUGGACAUAGAAAGUGCAACCCCCUCUUUUUCCAAAGCUCCUGUAUACACAGAGGAUGCAAUCAAUGAAUUUGAGAGUGGCUGUGAAACAGUGACCAAGGAUGAUGCUUCCUUUCUUCUCCGGGAAAUGCACUCACUUUUCAGCAGUUGUUGGACUGGUGGUCGAGGCUGUGAGGGUGACAGGUCCAAGCAGUCCAUUGAGACAUCGAGUUUAUAUGCGCUUUCUGAAAUAAUGCUUACUGCAGCAAAGGUGCUCUGUAAAGCCGGCCACUAUGAUCUGGCCUCCACCUUCUUGAAUGAAAUGGAGGGAAAGUUCAGAGAUUGUGACUGUCAUUGUACAGCUCUGGCACUUGGCAAAUGGGCAGUAAAGAUUCAUUCUGCGAUGAAGGCUGGCAGGGAGAGUGGCCAGGCGUUGACAGAGUGUGCCAGGGUCUUGAGGUCUCUUUCAGCUGACCUGGGGGACAGAGAAGCUCAUGCAGUGCUGGAAGGUUGUGGUCUGGUAGUAUGGGCUGUCGAAAGUGGCCACAUCAAGGCAUUAAGUGGAACUGUGUUGCUGGCUUGGUUUUCUUUUCUCGAGGAGCAUCAGGAACAAAUAUUAAAGAUUUUAAAGAAGAAUUCAACAUGCCAGGCUGAGGACAACAGACUGCAACAGGCUUUUUGUUUCAGUAUUUACCAAGGCUUCGUGUUUGCUUAUGAGAGCAUGCUCGCGUCACAGCUGGAGGACAGUGACACACUGGACAGAGUGCUGUUGUAUUGCCAGGCCACAGCUGGACUGAUGAUGAGUGCACUGCGUAAACUGUCAAGCGAAAGCCUUCUCAUCAAAGCAGUGAUUGCUGUGAGCAACUUAGCUUGUGGAUUUUACAACCGGCGUCUCUAUGACCAGGCCUUCACACUAGUUGAGAUCCUCUGCAGGGAUCUGUGCAAGAAUGGCCCUGCUUCGCUCUCUGUCGAUAGGUUGAGCCGGCUCUUCAUGCUGGCUGUGCAGACGUCUCGGCGGGCUGGGCAUCUGGAGCGUGCGCUAGACUGGGUGAUCCUGUGGCUGAAGGCUCUGGGAGACAACAUCACUACUCAUAUGGCUGAACCGGUUUCUCUGUGGGUGAAAACCAAGACUGACGCUGCCCGUAACUCAGAGGAGGACAUCCGUCUCAGGACAUUACAUGAUGGUUUUGGUCCUGACGUCCCAGAUGAGCAAGUAAUGCUUUGCCUUUUGGAGGAAGAGCUGCGUGCCUAUAAGGAGGUGGCAGGAGACACGGCUCAGGAGCGUUACAACACACUGUGUGAUCUGUUGGAUAUCUGCCAUGAGGAAAGCCCCCACACACAUCUACGUGCCGUCUACCUCUGUGAAAUGGCCCAAGUUGUGUGUUACCAGGAUUUCAGUGAACAGACUGACUGCACGGCAGUUGAUUUUACCCACGAAGCUUUACAGCUCCUUGAAGAGGAACCAGAGACUCCAGAGAAUGCUGACAGACUGAAGGAUGACAAGGCCCAUGUUUUACUUUGGCUCUAUAUCUGCACUCUGGAGAAGAAUCUCCAGGAGGCCAUCGAAAGGGACCAAAAACGGCGAGAGUUGCGUGAGCAGACACGGUGUGCAGCCAAUCCCAUCGGAACCAAUGAUUUUGACUAUGAGGACAGGCAGAAGACACAAGACAGCAUCCAGGUCUAUGAAGGCCUGCAUUUCAACCUGGCUGCAGAGAACAAGUUGUGCAAGCCUUUGGAAAGAGCGCUGGAUGAGUGGUCCGCUCUUCUGCACGGUCAAGUCCUGCCUUCUGUCCGAAACCCCAAACAGACCUGCAGCUCCAUCACUGUGGCUGCGGCUCUCUUCAAACUCAUGGGAAAGCCUCUAAAGGCUUUAGAAGCUUACCAACUUGCGAUUGGACUUUCACGUCAUCUCGCUGAUGCCCACGGAUGUGCCAAGUCCCUCUGUCAAUCAGCCAGCCUCCUCCUGGAUUUGGGUACCCCUGAACUGGCUUUGGCCCAGUUAGAGCACGCAGAAAAGUGUCUCACCUCUGUUGCCGCAGCUGACGGACCCUCUUCUCUUUCUAUGCUGGCCGUUCUGUUGAAAGCUCAGUACUGCUACAGCACAGGACAGGUGGAUCAGGGAGUACCUUAUCUGUAUGAGGUGCUCAAAGAAGUGACCGAGCAGAGGCAGUCAAAGAGCUGGUACCUGCUGCGUGCUCAGAUGCUCCAGACCUGCAGCUCCUAUCUGAGUUUGGACACAGCUGCACUGCCACAAGCCCAGCGAAGCCAGAUCACGCAGCAUGGUAUAAAUAGCCCGGACACGGCUCUGUAUGAAAGUCUGAAGCUUCUCUGCAGCCUGCUGGUCACUUUAGUCGGGAAGGGCCUGUAUGGGACGAAAGGCAGCAGCUCAGAAGUGCAAUUCAUUGACCAAGGAGAUAACUUGGUGCUGAAGUGGCAGCUGCUCUCAGAGCUGUUAAACUGCUCUGUGAAGGUGGUGGCUGUGAGGAGCAGCUGCGGGGCCGUCAAUGAUGCCAGGCUCCAAUGUCUUGAAGCUCUGAAACUAGCCAUCAAGCUGCAAGCACUCAGCCAAUGUGCUGAGCUGCUGGUGAUGAAAGCUGAGUUGGAGUUAAUGCAGGGGGAGAGAGAGGAAUGUGGAAUUGAUUUAGAUAAAGUUAGAAACCUGCUGGAGCUUUGCACAGAUUUUUCUGAUCAGGUGCAGAAGGCAGAAGUGAAAAUCAAACCUAGAAAAGGUCGUCCCGCGCAGAAACCUCAGUCUCCCCUUCCUGCCUUGGAGGAUGAUCUUACAGGCAUCCUGAGUACUCGGUGGAUUGGCAAAGAACCUGUGGUGGGGGAUCUGGCCAGUUCCCCGCCUCUCAAAGCCCAGCCUCGCCGCUGGCUCUCCUCUCUGGCUCACCAAUCUGACUGCCACUGCCCGUGCUGCUCUGAGCCCUGUCUUGGCCGUGCCACCGCUCGCUGGGCGGCCACACGGGCUGAUCUGGUCCUCCAGCUCGAUCCCAAUGAAGCCAAAGUCACUUUGAAACUUCAAACAUUAACAUUAGCUCGCUGUAAGAGUGUUGCUGCCAAACUUGGUGCAAAAUUGGCUAAACUCUUCCCUCCCCGUGGUCCUGCCAAAGGCUCCUCGAAACCCUCUCUGAUGCAGGAUGUGAUGGGCCGUGUGUACCUUCGCAUGGCCCUGUGUGGGCUGGAACCAAGGCUUAAUAAGGUCUGCAGUAUAUGGAAGGUACUGGAAGCCGGCUUGACGUUUGUUGAUUCCAAACCUUCUCCUGUGCUAAGACCUGUCAGAGCCGGCCUUAUGGCAACCAAAGCUAUCGUGUCAUUGGUUCACUUGGCUGCAAAAAAGGGCUGCAGCCCAGAGGAGCUUUUCUCAAAUGCUUGGACUUGGAAUUCACCAAAAGAGCUAAAAUCAGAACAGAAAGCAGGGCCUCCAUCAUCGUCACAUAAGAAGCCUAAAGAGUCCAUCAGAGACUCAGAUCUUCCUGACAAAACAAAGGACGUAAAAAAGGUCAAAGUUGUCAAGCCCAGGAUUCAAGUGAUUGGUGCCUCAAGCAAAGGAAAGGGGCUGGUUCCCAUGACACCAGUGGUCGUAAAGUCCAAGCCGUCUUCUGGGGAGCUUAGCGCUUUUGACUUUAACACAUCGGUACCAACGUUGGCCUGUACUCCUGCUCAGAGAGUAAAAGCCCCUGCCUCAGUGCUGAAAGCGCCGAGGACGGCCCCGAAGCUACAGUUUCAUGUGUAUGAAGAGUUGUCACCUGUUCAAGACAAAGCCCAACCUGUGCCCGCUGCCCCCAAACGCACAAAGAAAUCGCGUUUCAAGUUGGAGUUUAGCGAUGAAAGUGACACAGAAGCCACCCAGGCAGAGCCCAAAGAAAAAACAGAUGUCCCUAAAAAGAGAACCACUACUAGAAGAGCCACCCAAAACAGUAAAGCAACUUCAGAUCCACCUGCAGAGAGGGUCCUACCCAAGAGGCAGGCCAGGGGUAAGAAAACCACUGCGGCACCUCGAGGAACUUCUUCUGAGGAUGACGAGGCUUUAGUCUGUCAGCCAGCCACAACAAGAAGAGGAAGAACCAGGCGGGAGCUGGCCAGGGCAGAGGCAGAUUCAAUGGAGGAGCCAGACAAGAUGAGAACCAUUGAAGAAGAAACUACUGAAGUUCUGGACAUCAGCAUUGAGCAGCUCAGGACGUCAGACACUGAGGCUGAAGACAAUCCUGCUUCAAGUAAAGAGAAUGACAUAGAUUUCGAGGUGCUGCGGAGGGAUCUGUGUUGUGAUCUGGAGAGAGACGACUUGUCUGAACUGAGGAGCGCAGGUCAUCUGAGAGAAGGUCCACAAACGCACAUCUCUCAUUCAGACACCAGGCCCGACAAUCUUUCUCUGGAGGAUGUUGAGUCAUUGCUCCGCUCAGCCUGGUUGGACCUCCAGCACUUCCCCUCCCCCACCAUCUACCCGACUCUCUGUGGUCUUCUGGCUUUGACUCAGGGACAGCAAGACCCCAUAACUACAGCAAUGCUGCAUGCCCAGUCCUUGGGCAUCACGAGUCGUCAUCGCACAAUCAGACAUUUAGCCGGUUGUCUCAAAAAGUUGAGAAAGGCGUCCAGUGAGCUGGCAGACAAGAUGGAUGCGCUGAGUCUGGAUGAGCUCCAUCCAAACGAGUCCAAAAAGUCUACAGAACAGAAGCUGUCACAGCUGGAGAACAUCUUCUCUUUCCCAACGGCUGACCCCUCUACCUUCCCCAGGAGCCACUGUCAAGAGUUUAUCCAGCAAAUUCAACACCUUCCUCCAGGGGUGACAGUGUGUGUGAUGUCUGUGCUUGGAGUGAGGCCUGCGGAGAUGGGUGACAGCAUCAUACUGUCACGUCUUGAGAAGGGGUCUACCCCUGUCACUGUUCACAUCCCAACCUCUAAACAACCAGCACCCAUCAGCUGGCUGGUGCAGGAGAUAGACAGAAUUCAGGUGGAGCAGAAAGCCGUGAGCUGUGUCUCUGAGAAAGCCAAGUGGUGGGAGGGCCGCAGGGCGCUCGACUCUCGAGUAGAGCGCCUGUUGAAGGAGAUGGAGGCAUUGCUGGGCUGCUGGAGGAGCCUUCUUUUACCUCUUUCAUUGGAUCCUGCACUCUCCAAAGAGGCUCAGCACCUUUGCAAGUCCUUGUCUGCAAAGGGAGUGACAAUGACAAUCAGUGAGGAAAUGUUGAAGGCUGUGCUUUCUGCCUCUCCUGUGCUCUCCCAAGAAGACCUGCAGAGAUUUGCUCUGGGAGUGUCUCCACAGUGGGACGCAGAGUGUUACCAACUUCUCCACACAGCAGUAUCCCAGCUCGCUGACAGAGACGAACCCCGCGGUCAUGUGGUUCUCAUCCUGGACAAGUACCUUCAGAAGCUGCCGUGGGAGAGCAUCUCCAUCCUGAAGUCUCGCUCCGUCAGCCGGAUGCCGUCUCUGCACUCACUGAUUGGACUGAGCAUUCAGAAAGAGACUGACUCUCGGUCCAUCCUGAAGCAAGGUGUGGGCAGGCAGGUGUUUUAUGUGCUUGACCCUGAUGCCAAUUUAGGAAACUCGCAAGACCGCUUCAAGGAAUGGUUUAGCAGUAAACUGGACUGGGACGGUGUGUGUGGAGUUGCUCCUGACUCGGGUCGGCUGGAAGAAGCUGUCGCUACAAAAGAUCUAUACAUUUACGUGGGUCACGGUGCAGGCGCUCGAUUCCUCGACAGCCAGGCGGUCCUGAAGCGGCAGAUGAGAGUAGCCUCUCUGCUUUUUGGCUGCAGCAGUGCUGCUCUGGCAGUGCGCGGGAAUCAGGAAGGACAGGGCAUCAUCCUUAAUUACCUCAUAGCAGGCUGCCCCUUUUUGGGAAACCUGUGGGAUGUCACAGAUAGGGAUAUUGAUCGCUUCACUAAAGCCUUGUUGGAGUCGUGGUUUUCUGCCGGGCCCGGAGCUUCUCUCCUGGAUUAUAUGGGCUCAUCACGUCAGGCCACACACCUGAAACACGUGAUAGGAGCUGCACCUGUGGUCUACGGCUUACCAGUUCACCUGCAGUAGAUGGGCUGCCAAACCAAAACUCUUUCAAAAUAAACAGGAUGUGAACAGUCUAUACAGUAUCUACAUUUUAUUGUUUCAGCACCAAGCUGGAGGACAUGACUUUAACUUUUUAAAAGUUGUUAAUUCUUGAUUUUUGCAGGUUUUGAAGAUUA